CCCUCACCUCUCACAACACCAUCACGCUCACCCUCACCACAACCCCCCAAAAUGAAUCUCACCCUCUUCUCCACCAAAUCCUACGACUCCCACUACUUCACCAGCACCCUCACCACCCUGCAACCCACCUUCCCCGAACCAAUCACCCUAAUCACCCACCCCUUCCCGCUAACCCUCUCCACCGUCCCACUCGCCCGCAACAGCACCGCCAUCUGCGUCUUCGUCAACGACAGCCUCCCAGCCCCGGUCCUCCAAGCCCUCUGGGACGUCGGGGUGCGCGCCAUCCUCCUCCGCUGCGCGGGCUUCAACAACAUCGACCUACCCGCCGCCGAAGCGCUAGGCUUCUUCGUGGCCAAUGUGCCCUCCUACUCGCCCGAGGCCGUCGCCGAGUUCGCCGUCGCCCUGCUGCAGACGCUGAACCGCAAGACGCACCGCGCGUACAACCGCGUGCGCGAGGGGAACUUCAACCUCGAGGGGUUCCUGGGGAUGACGCUCCACCGAAAGAAGAUCGGGGUGGUGGGGUUGGGCCGGAUCGGAAUGGCGUUUGCGCGGAUCAUGCGCGGGUUCGGGUGUGAGGUGGUGGGGUUUGAUCCGGUGCGGCAGGAGGGGUUUGCACGGGGGCAGCUGGGAGCUGGAAAGGAUGCGAAGGCGGCGGAGGUGGAGGAGGAUGAAUUCAUCACCCAGCUGGCAGGCCGCUACGUCGCCAAUGUCGCGGACCUGCUCGCGCAGUCCGACAUCGUGAGUCUGCACUGCCCGCUCACCGAGGCCACGAAGCACAUCAUCAACGCCGAGUCGCUGCGCGGGCUCAAGCGCGGCGCCAUUUUGGUCAACACCUCGCGCGGCGGGCUGAUCCACACGCGCGACGCGAUCCGGGCCCUCAAGGCCGGCACGCUGGGCGGGCUGGCGCUGGAUGUGUACGAGCAGGAGGGCGAUCUGUUCUACAAUGACCACUCCGCUGAGAUUAUCCAUGACGAUACGCUGAUGCGGCUGAUGACGUUCCCCAAUGUGCUGGUCGCCGGCCACCAGGCCUUCUUCACGCAGGAAGCCCUGGGCGAGAUCGCGCAGGUGACGCUGUCCAACCUGGCGGAUUUUGCGGGCAAGCGGCCGUGUCGGAAUUCGUUGGUGCGCGAGGGUCAUUUGUUUGUGGAGGGGGAUAAGCAGCCCGUGCGGUUGUAGGUUUCUGUAUGUGGGUUUGAUGGGGUGGGGUUGGUGAUGGUUGCGGUGGUGGAUGUUGUUUGCUUGUGAUAUGGGUUUAGUUUCACUCCGAGGCGGUCCCUCAUGACAAGUUGUGGACUUCAAACUCAGAUAGGGCCAUGAAUUCGCAGCCAUGCACAGUGGGCUGCUCGUGCCAGUUUGCAAGAAUCCUAGUUUUGUCGGCAACACUUAUGCUUUAUCAGCGAAGUCUCCAAGUCCCUGGGUCGAUAUGAACUACCUUUGUAAGCUACCCUGGUUAAGUAGAGCUAUACACCCUCGAGUCCUACUAGGACUGCUAGGGCUAUCAAGCUCUUAGGUGUGGAGAUACUGGGAGGGACU